AUGGCCGACGAGCUGGAGGAGCGUCUCCAGAGCCACGCCCAGGCCUUCGAGGGCCUGAUGUCCCUCAUCCCCGCAAAGGAUUACUACGCUCCGGACACGAGUGACCAAUGGCAGCGCAAGAAGCAGACCAAAGCCCAGAAGAAGGCCGCCAAGCGCGCAAAACUUGACCCCGCCAACAACCAGUCCGCCAAAGACGUCAUGGACGAGAACGAGCGCAAGCGCAAGCGCGAGCUCAAUGGUGAAGACGAUAGCGAUGACCUCUCCGACCUGAACGCACCGGGCAGAGAGAAGCCGCGCGAGGGUUUGAAGACGAAGGACGCGAAGAAGCAGAAACUGGAGAACGACGACGCUGCCGAGGAAGAGGACGAGGAGGCGCGCCAGAAGAGGGAGGAGAAGCAGAAGAAGAUCGACGAGAGGAGGCAGAAAAAGAAGGAGAAGCAGCAGGAGAAGGCCCAGGUCAAGAAGGAGCGCCAGGCCGCCGCCGCCGCCCCGAACCCCGAUGCCGGCAAAAUGGACGUCGAGACGGCCGAAGAAGCCUCUGAUGCCGCCGCCUCCGGGGACGAAGAGAUCGACAAGGUCGACGUCAGCGGUCUCGUCGAAGACGAAAAGGACGAGGCUUCUUGGACUUCUGCCACUCCCUCCCCUGAACCCGAGUCCCCGGCCUCAUCCGCCGUCCCAUCUGCCUCCUCUUCAUCCUCGAUUCUCCCCCCCGCCUCAUCCGACAGCUCGAAGAAGCCGAAGAACAAGGCCGGCAAGAUCCAAAUGCCGCAGGUUGACCAGGAAGUGCUCAAAGCACGUCUGCAAGCAAGGAUAGAGGCUCUCCGCGCAGCACGCAAAGCUGACGGCAUAGACGGCAAGCCCGCGCGCAACCGUCAGGAGCUCAUGGAGGCACGGAGACGCAAGGAGGAAGAGAGACGUCAGCGGAAGAAGGAGAUGCGCAAGCAGGCCAAGGAGGACGAGCAGCGGAAAGCGGCCGAGGUGGAGCUCGCUCGUCUCCGCGGCUCCGGCUCGCCCGGCACCCCCGACAUCUUUUCGCCCAUGGAGCAGGAGAACAACUUCUCCUUCGGCCGCAUCACCUUUGACGACGGUCAGCAGAUGGACUCGACAGCAUCAAACCUGGUCGACGCUAAGAAGAAGAAGGGCAGGUCGGACGCCAAGACGGCUCUCGAGGCUGCGGAGAAGAAGAGGCAGCGUCUCGCCGGCCUCGACGAGGAGAAGCGCAAGGAAAUCGAAUCCAAGGACCUCUGGCUGAACGCCAAGAAGCGGGCCCACGGCGAAAAGGUCAAGGAUGACACGAACCUGCUCAAGAAGACGCUCAAGCGGAAGGAGAAGCAAAAGAAGAAGAGCGAGAAGGAGUGGACCGAGCGCAUCGAGGGUGUCGAGAAGGGCAAGGAAAUGCGUCAAAAGAAGCGUGAGGAGAACCUGAGGAAGCGCCGUGAGGAGAAGGGCACCAAGCCCGGCAAGAAGGCCAACAAGCUCAAGGCCGGCAAGAAGAAGGCCAGGCCUGGGUUUGAGGGCAGUUUCAGGAGCAAGACUAAAUAG